GAUGUUUUUUGCUGAGUGAUUUUGAAGAGGAACGAAGGGUUUUUUGAUACGGCAGUGAUUUCUCAACAGAAAAUGGAUUUCGUGCAACAAAACAACCAUGUUCUGUACCUCUGGAGCGGUGCGGUUAGUGCGGAAAUCGAAAAGGAAGUGAACGAUCUUAAAUCCAUUCCAAACGUGAAGGUGAACGUGGAAAAUGCGGAACGCCUGCACCUCGCCGAGUAUGGAAAUUCACAGUUCGACGUUAUCCUGGCAAACGUAGCAACGAGCGAUGCAAACCUGAUGGCCCAGCUGGUGAAGCUGCUGAAACCCAAGGGCAAGGGCAUCUUCAAGAGUGAUUCAGCACGUACCGAUCUGCUGCUCGCCGGGUUUAUCAAUGUCGUGCCAUCGGGGAACGUGUAUGUGGCCGAGAAACCGGGCUACGAGAUCGGAUCGGCGGCGAAGCUGUCGUUUGCUAGCAAAUCCAAGGUGGCAGCCGUCUGGAAGCUGGAUGCGGAUGAUGAAGAAGAAGAACGCAUCGACGAUGAAGAGUUGCUGGACGAACAGGACAAAGCAAAACCAACGCCGGAAUCACUGAGAGUUUGUGGUACAACGGGCAAAAGAAAGGCCUGCAAGGAUUGUUCCUGUGGGUUGGCAAAAGAGCUAGAUGCGGAGGCCAAAGGAAAAGCGAUCACCGAUCCGGCCCCUAAAUCAUCCUGUGGCAGUUGCUAUCUUGGCGAUGCAUUCCGAUGUGCUACAUGCCCCUACCUCGGCAUGCCUGCCUUCAAACCUGGAGAAAAGAUAGUGCUGAGCGAUACUCAGAUGCAGGCGGACAUUUGAGAUGAUGCUGGGAUGUGAUACGCAUUGGAAAGAUGGUUGAUAAGGUUGAUUAAACUAAAGAACAUGUUUCUAAACCUA